UAUAACUGACAUGGAGAGGCACUCAAUAGUAACAGUAGUUCAUGAGUUCGAAUUUCUUCCUGGAUGUAAAAUUUUAUCGGUCCUAUAGUUACCACUCAAUCAGUACGAGUAAGAUAAAUCGUGAUUCAACCUGGUGCACCUUUUCACGGCUGGCUCUAAUUCCUCUGUGCCAAGAUGUUCACGCGAAUGUUUAAGAAACGCAAGCGCGUCGAGAUCUCACAACCUCAGAAUUUUGAACAUCGAUUUCACACUGGAUAUGAUAAGCAAACGGGUAAAUUUAUCGGUCUACCACCACAGUGGGAAGCACUGCUUGGAAUACAGAGGGAAACUCAAAACAGACCUAAACCGAUUGUCGAUCCAGAAAUCAUCACUCAAGUUUCGCCUCUGAGAAAAUCCCAAUGGAGUUUACUGAACUCCGAAACGUCUAAGGGUCCAGCUUCGAAGGUUAUCUCCGUUUCUCGCUCAAAUUCACUUCGAAAUUCAUUCCGAGUCAAUCAAGACUCAAGGCCAUCGGCCAGACGGCGAGAGAGAACGAAUACAGAACUUUCCGAAGACGUGGAUUCCUCGCGCGUGUCCAACGGGAAAGUGCCACGGCCGGAAUAUAUUCCAGAACAUCCCUGAGAAAACAGUCGCCGAUUUUCACAAGGCCACGAACGCUCGCAUAAUGGCAGGGAAAUUAAUCGACAGCAAAAGAUCUCGGGUAUACAGAGAGAGACUUCUGCAAGUUCUGAUUAUGGCUCGGCAAGCACAGACUCUGGAGAAAACAAUGGCGAAGACCUCCGAAGCUCUUCCAAGACAAGACUUAUGUAUUCUGAUUCCCCAGUCAGUCACGAGCAGUUUCGGAAAGCGCUAGAGUUAGUUGUUACUUCAACUGGUCCUCCGGAGAAUCUCGACAAUUUUAUUAAAAUCGGCGAGGGCUCGACCGGGGUUGUUUGUCUUGCUCGUGAUAACAAAACUAAACGCCAAGUUGCAGUGAAGAAAAUGGAUUUGAAAAAACAACAACGAAGGGAACUGCUAUUUAAUGAGGUUGUGAUCAUGAGAGAUUACCCACAUCCUAACAUUGUAGAAAUGUACGGAAGUUACCUUGUGGAAGAUGAGCUUUGGGUGGUGAUGGAAUUUCUUGAAGGAGGCUCUCUAACAGAUAUUAUCACUCAUACAAAUCUGUCUGAAGAACAGGUAUCUUGUGUAUGCCGUGCUGUGCUGAAAGCUCUUGCUUUCCUGCAUCCUCAGGGAGUCAUCCACAGAGACAUCAAGAGUGACAGCAUUCUGCUGACCACAAGUGGGCAGGUAAAGCUCUCUGACUUUGGUUUCUGUGCACAAGUCACUGAAGAUAUGCCUAGAAGAAAAUCUCUUGUUGGCACUCCAUACUGGAUGGCACCAGAAGUGAUAUCAAGACAACCAUAUGGUACAGAGGCUGAUAUUUGGUCUCUUGGAAUUAUGGUUCUUGAGAUGAUUGAUGGAGAGCCACCUUAUUUUAGUGAGCCGCCAUUGCAAGCCAUGAGAAAGUUAAGGGACUUGGAUCCUCCAAUCUCAACUAUGAAUGAUGAGAUGUCUCCUCGAAUGCUGUCAUUUUUGGAAAAGACCCUAGAGCGUGAUCCAACGCAAAGAGCUUCUGCAUUUGAACUUCUCAAUCAUUCUUUCAUCCGUAGCACAGCAAACUCUACAUCCCUUGCUGACAUGAUGAAAAGUUUCAGACAUAGUGUUUGCUAGCCUAGAAGAACUAAAUAGGAUAUCAAGGAUUUCUCUACCUGCAAGGCAAACCACACCCAAUCAGAAUGUUGGUACCUUUUUUUUUUACAGUUUGUACCCCUGUCAAGUCUUAUAGCCUCUGGUUUGUUGAAGCAAAACAGUUUCAUAUUUCACAGUGGGACCUUCUUAUUAUGGCCACUGUCUGAGGGCCAAAAUGUGUUCAUCUCGUACAGUUUUGUAAUGGUUGGGAUUGAGUAGAGCACCUUCCCAUUUUAUGGCACAAAAUGUUUGUUUUUAUUAGGAGAUGGUCAUAUUUUAGCAGUGUUAGAUGUAAGCAUGGUUGUAGUUUGAAUUACAAGUUUAAAUGAUUUUAAGCCGGUUUGAAUUGUUUUUCUUCUACAUGUUCAAGGUUAAUUACCAUUAAUAAUUUAUAUUCAUGAAACAAAGAGAAAUGAAAUACAAAUCAAACUUUUGUGAAGUUAUUUUAACCUGGAAUCAUUUUACUACAACAAACAUACCUUUCAAUGUAGCUGGUUGCAGAGCUAUGAAAGUGCAUCAAAGCGUUAUAUUAAUUUUUAGUACUCUGCAGUCUUUGUAGUAAAAUCUCACCAAGAAUACUUUAUCAGUGAGUUUUAUGAACUAGGAGAGCACCAAGAAAGAAUUACAAGUCAAAGGAAAGUCUUUUAUGAUGAACAGGUCAGAAUCAAUUAUUAAAUUUGUUUGUGUACUUGUAAAUACCUUUGUGCAAUGUAUAUUGACCAUCUGGUUGGCUUAUUGCUUGCCUGAAUUGUUGGAAACGUCCAGUGAGUGUUAAAAAUUUUGAAACCUGCAUAGAAUUGAAAGUAAUGGCCAAAGAAAUGAAAGGAGAUAAUAAACAUUUUUUACUCCAUUAACUGCAAGGUGUCCCAAGACUUAAGGUGAGAUUUGAUGGCAAAAAAUCUCAUCAGGAAGUUUUUGUCCACCCACAUCUCUCUUUGAUGUCAUUUUUGAAUCCUCAUUCUCAAGAUUAGGAGAAUUAAAAUUUCUGCUUUUCUAGUGAAAAAAAGAGUAUUUUACAAUUCUGAAAGAAACAUUAAUUAGGGAAAAUUUUUGUGAUUAAUUUAACACUUUGCAAAGUUACUUUUUAAUUUGGAUCUAAAUAUAUUUACGUGGCUGUCUUUCACUGGUGAAUAGAAAAAAAUUUAUUUUUAAUUACUGGGGUAAUGGCCAACAAAAGUAGCCAAAAUGCAUGCAACACUAAAAUUCAAGCAUUACCAAGGGGACUGGUGUAGUAUAUCCCAGAUUAGUUCUCAUCUUGUCAUUUUGAAGUGUGAAAACUCAGAUGUUUACUCUAUAUGAGGCAAAAUGACAGUAAGGCACACCUACUCUUAGACUAACAAAACAAAAAAGGGUCUCCAGAAAUAAUAGCAGUUUUCGAGUAGGAAAGAAGACUCCUAGUGAAGUUCAGUGUAAGACAUACUGACACAAGUUAUAAGUAAUUAAUUUUCAAAGUUGAAUUGAAGACUCCAUGUUUUUUUUAUACUUAUCAAAUUGAAGACCUGGUGAACUGAGUGUUAUAGGUUGCCACUCUUUAUGUCUUUGAAAGAGACCUCUGAGAGAAAUUAUUUUUUUCCAAGCUAAAAUUUUGUCUAGAUUCAAAGAGCCUUUUCAUAUUAUACAUCAGAUUAAGUAUUUGCACUGUCGAGCGCAGCAAUUGUUGCUAUAAGCUUCAGGUAGAAUUUCCUUUUUAAUUGCACUAUGUUGUAAACCAUAGGCAAUACACAGAUUUGUUAAGUCCUCAUUUUUGUUUUUUGUAUUUUAAUCAUAAUUUAAAUUAUGUAGAUUCCACGAUGUAAAUAGGGCAGACUUGAAAGUAGUAUGUAUCUUUUUUUACAAUAAAAUAUCUGAAUUUAAAGCAAGUGUUACUUUA